UAGAAACAGUGAUGGCCAGUAGUGAGACUGAGCAGGAGACAGGCAGAGGAGGAGGAGGUUGAGGAAGAGACUAGAGGCAGCCUUUGCCUUUUCUGGUAUAGUCCCAUCCACAGAGAACCAGCAAGGACUCAGAGCGGCACAGGGCGAGAUAUAAGCCAGACAGUGCAGUGAGGCUGAUAUAUGAACUUCAGGCUGACGCCACUGUCCAUGGAGCACAGCUUGGACUCUUCUCAGUGAGAGUUUAAGUCUUUCAUCGUGACAUCAUGGAUGAUGACUUUGACCGUCGUAUGGAGCUGAGGAGGCAGAGGAGGGAGCAGAUGCGGCAGGAGGCUGAAAAGACAGGAACAACAAAUGAAGAGGAGGAAGAAGAAGCUCGUGAGCGGAGGAGACGAGCCAGAGAAGAGAGGAAGAAGAUGAGAGAGACGGAGGACCCCGGAGCCAACGACCAAAUCAUUGACAUCAAUAGUGUGACAGAGACAGAUUCCAGUAAUGGCUCUAACCUCACCUCAGGAAUGGAUGAUGAUCAGGUGUUACUCGAGCGUUUGGCCCGGAGAGAGGAGCGCAGGCAGAAGAGGAUGAAGGAUGCUAGGGAGAGACAGAAGUCUGUAGAGCUAGAGCAGGCCACCCCUGUUGCCAACGGGGACGGGACAGACCAUAAAGCAGAGGAAGAGCAGACUACAGCCCGCAGCAGCACAGAGGCCCAGGUUGAGGAAGAGGAGCCACAGGCACAAGAGAGACAAGCCCAGGAGGAAGAGGAGCUAAACUCAACUCACAAAGAGGAAGAGCAGUCAAAGGAGGAAGAGCAGCAACCCAAAGAAGACACAAGUGCCUCUGCCACUGUAAAUCAGGAUGAUGCAGAGGAAAACCCUGCAGAGACAGAUGCAGGAGAAGAAGAACAGCCUCAGUCAAAAGAUGUGGAGGAGGAAGUAACUCUCAGUGUUGGCCAAGAUGAAGAAGAGAGAGAACAGGAGGAAGGAAGACAGAAAGAGGAAGUAGAGGAAGAGCCACAAAGAGAGGAAGAGGAGCAAAAAAGUCAGGAAGAAGAGGAAGAAAAAAAAACAGAGGAAGAGGAACAGAAAAGACGGGAAGAAGAGGAUGAAAAAAGACGAGCACAAGAGGAAGAGAAGCAGAGGUGGAGAGAGGAGGAAGAACAAAGGAAAGAAGAGGAGAGAAAGAGACAAGAAGAGGAAGAAAGGAUGAGAGAAGAAGAAGAGAGGUUAAAGAGGGAGGAAGAGGAGAGGAGACAAGAGGAGGAGCAGAGGAGGAGGGAGGAAGAGGAAAAACUAAAACGAGAAAUGGAGGAGAAAAAAAAGAAAGAGGAGGAGGAGAGAAGGAAGAAGGAGCUGGAGGCGAAGAAGAAGAAGGAGGAAGAGGAGAGGUUAAAACGGCUAGAAGACGAGAAGAAGAAGAAAAAAGAGGAAGAGGAGCGACGGAAAAAGGAGCUAGAGGAGAAGAAGACGCGAGAGGAGGAAGAGAAGAAGAAAAGAGAAGCAGAGGACAAGAGGAAGAAGGAGGAAGAUGAGAAACGUAAGAAGAUGGAGCUGGAGGAGAAGAAGAAAAAAGAAGAGGAAGAAAAAUCUAAGAAAUUUGGAUUCAAGGAAAAGAAUGAGCCUAAAAAGCUUCAAUCCCCUUUUGAGAGUAAACUUAAGAAAACUGAAAAACCAAGUUUCAGGGAAAAUGUCCCAUCCUCAAAGUCAGAGUCAGAGAAGAAGGAAGCAGAGAGGAAGCUGCAGGAGCUUAAACAGAAACGAAAUGAAGCGGAGAGCGAAGAGAUCGAGAAGAUGAAGCAGAAGCAGCAGGGAGCUGAGGCCGAGCUGGAAGAGCUGAAGAAGAAGAGAGAGGAGAGGAGGAGGAUCCUGGAGGAAGAGGAGAGGCAAAAGAGACAGGAGCUGGAGGACAAGAAGGCUAAAGAACAGGAGGAGAGAAAGAGGAUGAAGGAGGAAAUAGAGAAAAGAAGAGCAGAAGCAGCAGAGAAGAAAAAACAGUUGGAAGGAGAGUCGAACAAACCUGCAUUUGCCAUCAGCCCCAAAGGCUCCUCCAAGAUUGGGGAGAAGGCAGAAUUCCUUAACAAAUCAGCCCAGAAAACCACACCAAGCAGAAUCUCCCAUACCCCGAUUGUUUCCAAGAUUGGCAGUCGACUGGAACAGUUCAACUCUGCCAUACAGGGUCAGAAAGAAGUCAAGUCCCCCAAACCCACUGUGACAGACAUUCCUACAGGAGGAGCUCGGAGCAUCAAGAACAUGUGGGAAAAAGGCAACAUCAGUGGCAACGCUGAGUCCAGUCCAGCUCCUGCCAAUAAAGAGACCUCUGAUAAUAAAGUCAGUGUGCCCGGGCGUCUGAACAGUCGGAUGUCAAAAUCCGCUGAGCCAGAGAAGACAGUUCCCCCUGCAGCCGAAAAGGCAGCAUCACCUCCACCCCAGACAACUCCAGCAAAGCCUGCAGAUGUUAAACCAAGUGAGAGUGCAAACAAACGUGGCAUGUGGGAACCGAAGAAGCCCUCAACACCUGGCAAGUUGGGAGGAGGAGUUAAGAGAUGGUGAGAAUAAAGACCUACAAUAUGAUUGAUGUCAUGAAGCAUUUUAUUCAAGACACCAGUCCAGUACAAAGAUUGGGAUCAUGCAGUCUUGUCUGCUGCUUCUACUACAUUGUCUUCCAUCUAUUCAUCUAUUGUUGAAAUGUGUGUGUGUUUUUUAUAUAAUUUACAGAUGUGUUUAAGAGACAUACAUGUUACCAUGCUUUUGCAUUCAUGAGCCAGUAUCAUCUGUUUUUAGAGAUCACUGCUUUUGAGCACACUCUGGUUAAGGAGGGCUUUUUGAAAUCGCUAGAUUAAGCUACUGCUG